UCUGAAGCAGAAUUUUUGCCCAUUUUACAGAUGACAAAACGGAGGCUAAGAGAGGUUUCAUCAAAUCGACCCUUUGAUAUAGAAUCAGUUACUGGAGGGGCAGAUUUCAGCAGCACUGCCCCAUGAGAGGGAGACCGGAAUCUAGGAGGAGAGGGAGGAGGAUAUGACUGUACCUCAUGCUCUCCUUUGAUCUCACUACCUUAGGAGAGGAGUGAAAAAAAUUCCAAAUGCAGAAGUCACCCCUUCUAAAGGAGGUGUUACACGGAGGGAGGUCUAUACCUGUGCACAGGUUGUACCCCUGUGCAAUCACAAGUUCCUUGGGGGCAGGGACCCUAUUCCCCAGGACCAAGCCCCUUCUGGGUGGCAUUGGCCGUGCCCACCGGACUCUAAGCUUGCCCUGGCUCGCCCGGCCCGCAUCCAGUAGAGAUCUUGGGAACAGGGGCCGAGUCCAGCUGACAAAACCCAGCUUCGGUCCCCACCCAAAGGAAGUACGACAAUCCUUGCCCGGUCCUUUACCUAAUGAUUACCCAACUUGUAUAACAGGUUGGAGAAAACAACUGGGGGAAAGAGUAGGGGGGGUGGAGCUGCUUAGAGGAUGCUUGCCACAGGUCUUGCCCCCAGUCUCACCCAGGAAGGGGGUAACUGGGCUGGGGCCGUCAUGCUUCUGAUCAAGACUCAUUAGGCUGGAUGGCUGAGCUCCCUCCCUCGGGACUUGGUGUGCACGUAGUUAUUGGGACUGGUUGGGGAAGGAGGAAGAGAGGGAGAAAGGAAAGGAAGGGCUAAGCUGUUGGAAGGUCUUUCCGGACUGUCCUGUGGCUGUAUCCCCCUCCCGUGAGAGCUGGACAUCCCUCUAAAUCCUCGUCUUCAGCGGAUACCAAAAGGCCAGCAGUGCUCACAGUCAGUCAAAGUGUCCCCCACUCGGAUACAAUGAGACUGUCAGCCUUAAUCCGCUUGGUGGCCAUCAUUUUUACCCUGCUGGCCACAUGGUUCUUUACUCACACCUAUUUCAAGAAGACUGGGAAAGCCAUUAGUUUACGAGACUUCCUGGGUUCUUCCUCAAAGAUAACCAGUGAGAAGCAUCCAAGAAAUAAGUGUGACAACAGGAAGAAAUGUCUGCGGGAUUUCUUCGCCUUCAAGAUCACGAGCGGAGCUGCCAAUGUCGUGGGACCCUCCAUCUGUUUUGAAGACAAGAUACUCAUGAGUGCUGUGAAAAAUAACGUUGGCAGAGGACUCAACAUUGCACUGGUGGAUGGAACAAGAGGAAUUCUCAAGAAGCACCAAUACUUUGAUAUGUUCUCAGGAGAUAUUGACACGUUCUUGACAUUUCUAAAAGAAAUUCCAGAGAGCACCCUAGUACUGAUAGCCUCAUUUGAUGAUCCAGGCUCAAAAUUGAACCCAGAAGCUCGACAAUUGCUCACUGACUUGGGGAGUGCCCAUGCACAAAACAUCAGUUUUCGGGACAGCUGGGUCUUCUUAGGUGCCAAAGGCAUCAAGGGGAAAAGCCCCUUUGAAGAGUUCUUAAAGAAUAAGCCAGAAAAGAACAAAUAUGACGGCUGGCCGGAAGCAGUGAAACUAGAGGGCUGUGUCCCCCGCAAAAUGGUAUAGGGUCGCCACGACAGCUCGGGGUCUCCAGACAAAGCCUCCAACUUCGAAAAGCUAUGAGCUGUCUCCCAGAAGCAGCCCAGCUUGGCUCAGCAGGAGGAUGCCUGCCCCCAGGGCUGGAGGGCAAGGAAGGGAAUAGAAGCAAUCUUCUAGAAAAGACUUGAUAAUCACGAGUACCUCAGAUGCUUUUCCCCUUCCUCAGUGACACCAGCCAAUGGGGAGAGAGAAUUUCAAGCUGCCCCCCUCUGUCAGAUGAACUUAAAGCUGAGGUUUACUCAUGAUUCUGUUGCCUCCUGAAGUUUCCAUUGGCAGGAAGCUCUCCGUCUCCAUAUCAAAGAGGACUGGUGAAUACAGAAGCAAAAUUAAAUUCUAUUUUGUUAAUUAUC